AUGAAUCCACUAACCACAACAACAUGUUCACCAGUUAUGGUCGAUCAAAUAUUUCGUUCGUUGUUACAGAAUAAUCCGCGAUCAGAUAAUGUUCGAAUGACCACAUCCGAAACCAGACCACCAUUAACUUCACCACCAGCGAAAAAUACCAUUCGAUUCAUCGAAAACGAUCAAAAUAAUCGCCGUGAAAAGUAUGAUGGUUAUCGAUGGAGACUUGUGUGCACAUGGAACAUAUACGACUGUACGAAUCUUGCUGGUACACGACAGUUAUGUGGAAAACAUAACGCUAUGCAACGUCAUAAAGAAGUACCGAAGAAAAAGAGACCGCCGCUAUUAACAACUAUAUCACUACCAGUUGGUAAUCACUUAGGAAAUCUGUACAAUCAGAAAAAUAUGCUUCAUCAGAAAGAAAAUCCAGCAUACAGUGACGAUGAUGAUAUUCAAAUAAUUGAAGAAUUUUGCAAAAAGCCAGCGAUUCGCCAUUCGACGAAUACUCAUGUUAAGUUAGAGACGGCAGAUUUUAAUGUCUUUUCCGUGGAUCAUGUCGAUGAAGCUGAUACACGUUUGAAUGUGAAACCAGAACCGACGACUUCGUCUGCUCAUCGUCCAAGUUCCAGUACUGAUAUUGAAUAUCUCAGUUCCACAACACGUUCCAAUGGCUUAAAUAUUUCAGAAUUAAUCGCAAAAAAAAUUCCGCCACUGACUGAUUUCGAAGAAGAAUAUAUUGCGAGCCGCUUAAUGGAAAAAUUUGCAACAACUUGUCCCAUGCUAGAUGCUCAACUGUUUCUACAGGACGAAGCGGUGAACGUUGUCAAAAAGAACUAUCGUUUGAAAAUGGACGCAGUGGCACCUGAAUACUUCUACGACUUUCUUCUUCGCCAUCCACGUGUAGCUCUCCAUUUUAAUAAUUGGUUUCUUACCUGUAAAGCUGUACCACCGACAACUGGUUGUCCUGUCGAUACUAAAGUAUGGACGUUGAGUAUGAUCGUACGUGGUGCUUUGGCAGCUGACAGAAUAAUUGAUGAACACGACGGCUAA